UUUGUCCUGAAUGACAUGGUUAGCGUAAACCAUCCCUGUGGCCCAGGGUCUCAGUUUCCUGUCAACAUGGGGGACUCCCGCAUGGAUGCCGGCGCCACCGUAUCAGAGACUGUGGCCGAAGAAGUGUCUCUUCUCAGCAUGACGGACAUGAUUCUGUUUUCCCUCAUUGUGGGCCUCCUGACCUAUUGGUUCUUCUUCAGAAAGAAAAAAGACGAAGUCCCAGAGUUCACCAAAAUUCAACCAGUGACUUCCUCUGUCAGAGACAGCAGCUUUGUGGAAAAGAUGAAGAAGACGGGCAGGAACAUCAUCGUGUUCUACGGCUCCCAGACGGGGACGGCGGAAGAGUUUGCCAACCGCUUGUCCAAGGACGCCCACCGCUACGGGAUGCGGGGCAUGGCUGCAGACCCCGAGGAGUAUGACUUGGCCGACCUGGGCAGCCUGCCAGACAUCGAGAACUCCCUGGCCGUGUUCUGCAUGGCCACCUAUGGUGAGGGGGACCCCACAGACAACGCCCAGGACUUCUACGACUGGCUCCAGGAGACUGACUUGGACCUCACUGGAGUCAAGUAUGCGGUGUUUGGUCUUGGGAACAAGACCUAUGAGCACUUCAAUGCCAUGGGCAAGUACGUGGACAAGCGGCUGGAGCAGCUCGGCGCCCAGCGGAUCUUUGAGCUGGGGAUGGGCGAUGACGAUGGGAACCUGGAGGAGGACUUCCUGACAUGGCGUGAGCAGUUCUGGCCGGCCGUGUGCGAGCACUUCGGGGUGGAAGCCACUGGAGAGGAGUGCAGCAUUCGCCAGUAUGGGCUGGUGGUCCACCCAGACAUAGACCCGGCCAAGGUGUACGUGGGAGAGAUGGGCCGUCUGAAGAGCUACGAGAACCAGAAACCCCCCUUCGAUGCCAAGAAUCCCUUCUUGGCUGCUGUCACCGCCAACCGGAAGCUGAACCAGGGAACGGAGCGCCACUUCAUGCACCUGGAAUUAGACAUCUCAGACUCCAAACUCAGGUAUGGAUCUGGGGACCAUGUGGCCGCUGCCCCGCCCCCCGUGCGCGGCCGGCCUCGGGGCGGGGGGGGGGGGGGGGGCCAGCGGCAAGGGGCCUCGGGCGCGCUCUCACCCCUGCCCCGCCCCCGCCAGGUCCACCCCAACUCCGUGCACAUCUGUGCGGUGGCCGUGGAGUACAAAACCAAGUCCGGCCGCGUCAACAAAGGUGUGGCCACCAGCUGGCUGCGGGCCAAGGAGCCCGCCGGGGAGAACGGCGGCCGGGCCCUGGUGCCCAUGUUCGUGCGCAAGUCCCAGUUCCGCCUGCCCUUCAAGGCCACCACGCCGGUCAUCCUGGUGGGUCCCGGCACCGGGGUGGCCCCGUUCAUCGGCUUCAUCCAGGAGCGGGCCUGGCUGCGGCAGCAGGGCAAGGAGGUGGGGGAGACGCUGCUCUACUAUGGCUGCCGCCGCUCGGACGAAGACUACCUGUACCGUGAGGAGCUGGCCGGGCUCCACCAGGACGGCUCCCUCACCCAGCUCAACGUGGCUUUCUCCCGGGAGCAGCCCCACAAGGUCUACGUGCAGCACUUACUGAGGAGGGACAAGGAGCACCUGUGGCAGCUGAUCCACGAGGGCGGGGCCCACAUCUACGUCUGUGGGGACGCUCGGAACAUGGCGAGGGACGUGCAGAACGCCUUCUACGACAUCGUGGCCGACGGGGGGCCCAUGGAGCACGCCCAGGCCGUGGACUACAUCAAGAAGCUGAUGACCAAGGGCCGCUACUCCCUGGACGUGUGGAGCUAGGGGCCGCCCGGCCUGCCCCUGCCCCUCGGGCCCCUGCAGACUUGCUUCCCCAUGUAAUCACUUCCCUCGCUCCCUGGGUGUCCUGGGUGGUUUCUGCACGGCCUUGCCCCCGGGGAGCAGAGACUGGUCCAGGCCCCAGGCGCACACCGGCCCCGGGUCAAGGGUGUGUAUUUUGUAAACACUUCAGGCCCUCGGGGGCCGUACAGAAGGGGCUCUUCUCAGCUGAGCUGGGCCCCAAGCCCCUCCACAUUAUUUUCAAUGACUGUAAAUAAUUUUAAAUAAUCUCUGGUCCUUGGAAUAAAGUUCUGUUUUCUGUA